CACCUCGGACCGGGCAGCAGCAGACUCUUGAGGUGGUUACCGAGCGCUAAACCGGAGGAAAGCACUGUCUGAACAGAAUUUGGAGGGAAGAGUAGGCGUAUUGAGUAUAUAGGCGUGACGCGAGCAGCAGAGCGAAAGUUAUCGCCUGAAGAAAGGUAUUCGAAAAUGGUCGGCUGGCAGCUGAACCUUGGCCCGCUAAAGGAGCCCCUGGGCUUUAUCAAAUUAUUGGAAUGGUUUGCUUCAAUCUUUUCAUUUGCCACUUGUGGUGGUUACAGUGGCAAAACUGAAUUAAUAGUAAGCUGUUUAGGAUCUUCAGAAAAUAAAACUGCUACCGCUUCAUUUAUGUAUCCGUUUCGAUUAAAUGUUCAAGUGUUUGAAGGGAUACCCAAAUUAUUCUGUAAUCAAACAUGGAAAGACUUUCACCUUACAGGAGAUUUUUCUGCCCCAGCCCAGUUCUACGUUUCUAUUGGAGUCUUUGCCUUUCUUUACUGCAUGGCUGCUCUUGUGUUUUAUCUAGGUUUUAUGCAGUUGUAUCGGGACUCUCAAAAAUUCCCAUUAUGUGACUUCUUCAUUACGGUCUUCUUUGCUUUAAUGUGGCUGGUUAGUUCCUCAGCUUGGGCUAAAGGUUUGACAGAUAUAAAAGCCUCCACCAGCCCUCAAGGUAUUGCACAGUAUACCUGCCCGACUGGUUACAAAUGUCUGCCUGGGCAAGAGUCACACAUGGGAAGUCUGAACAUCUCUGUGGCGUUUGGAUUUUUGAAUCUGAUACUGUGGGCAGGAAAUGCUUGGUUUGUAUACAAGGAGACAAGCCUACAUACUCCUCCACAACAACCAAACCCGGAGCAAGCACCUGGAAAUGUUUCUCCAUGAAUUUAAAGAUAAAUCCUAUAGAAAUGCCAAUUCACAUUUAAUGGCCUACAAUCUGGUGUUUUCAAUGCCAAGGAUUGCAUUGUUUAUGUGUUAAUAAACAUGUGGAUACAAGGUAUUCAUGCCAGGAUUCCUCUUUCUGAAAAACAGGCCUACGACUUAUUUCAAGCAGGUUUUCCAGUUACAGAACAAUGUUUUGUUGUGAACAGUGAUGUACUGCAGUUUAUUGGCUUUAAAACACUAAGGUUUUUAGGAGUGCAAACACUGAUAAAUAUUUCUUCAAUAUGUUGUUUUGAAAAAUGACAGAAUAUGAAGUACUGUACUAAUUUGGAAUACCUAUUCUGAUGUAACUAUAAAAAUUGGGGUUUCCUCUUAAACCAAAAGCUUUUGUCAUAUAAUAGGCAAACUCUCUGCAAUGCUUAAGUUUAAUAUAAAAGCUUACCAGUAUAAAUGCUUUUUUUUAUAUUCUAGAUAUUUUGAACAUUUGUUUCUCUUAUUUUAUUGCACAAAACCCCAAGUUCGUCUCUUUUACAUGUACUAUUUUUUAGAGCACUGUUGAAAAUGUUAAUGGAAAUAGAUGGUUGUGCAGGUUACUGAAUAUGUACAAGCAAUUACAGCCCUAGUGUAGCUUUUGCCACAAGUUUGCAUUCUAGACACACAUUUACCCUAUUUCCCAAUACUGUUUAUAUGCCUAACUGUUUUUCUCCAUGUAUAUGAAUUAUUGUUCUGAAUCAGAUAAAAAAACUAUUCUGUACCUGCUGAUGCAAUAUUAAAGAUAAGUUUUGGUUUUGUGUU